CUUCGUCUGACUCGCAGUAAAGCAUGCACGGAAUGUCGAAGUCAAAAGACCAAAUGCCAAACCAGUCCGGACAAUACCUCAUGCGCGAGAUGUCUGCAGCACGGCCUGGAGUGCGUCUCGUACGAUAUUUCGCAGCAGUUUCUGCAAGGCGACUCGGUGUGAGUUCGUUUCUCCUUCAUCAAACUCGAGACAGUUAACAACCGUAGAUGGAAGAAACAGACAACCGCGGACGUUGACUUGCUGCGGGCGGCAGUCCAGCAUCUGCUCAGACACACUCAACAGCCGGAAUUAUCUUCUUUCAUGGUGCAAUACCAACCGGUACAGUUACCGCUAUCUGCGCCUGAGUCCCAGAAUCCCAAUUCGGCUCUUGACAUGUCGAGGGAGAAUUCCCCCCAGCCGCAGGGUAUUGACCCAACAAGUCUGGUGACUGCACCCAUGAAUAAUCUCUACGACCUGACGAGGUUGAAGAAUCUCCGUAACAACCUCAGUUCCAAACCUCAGGCUUCGCCAAUCGAGAAAGACUUCAUCUCGCAAGGCGUAAUCUCGAUGGCAAUCGCGGAAUUCCUCUUCAAUAGAUUCUUAGAGUGCAACAACCGAAUGCUAUGGGAUGGACUUCUUCUAGUCCACGAGACUUUGGACUCAGUCCGGAGGUCUUCAACCCUCCUAGCGGCAGCCAUCCUGACCGUUGGGGCACUGCAUACCCCGAAUCAAACCGACGCGUUUCAUCAAUGCUACAACGUCUUUGUGUCUCUCGCAUCCGCCGUGGCACUGUCACGAUACCAUAGUUUGGACGACGUCCGGGCGCUAUGCAUCGGUGCCUUUUAUUUGGCCAACCUCAGCUGGAAGCUAUCCGGCCUGGCGACUCGAAUCGCGGCCGAGAUGGGUCUGCAUCAGUCUUUCCACCAGCUCAUGCAAGGAGAUCCUACCAGGAUGGAGCAUGUGCGUGUGUGGUAUGCAACAUAUGUAUGCGAUCACCAGUUUAGCAUCGCGCAUGGCAGGCCCCCCGCAGCCGUGGACGAUGAGUCGGUCCGGAAUAUUAGACAAUUCCUGCAGCUGGACCAGACCUGCCCAGGCGAUGUAAGACUAGCGGCCCAGGUUGAUUUGUUCCGUAUCUUGACCGAGGCCUACAUGAAAUUCGGCAGUGAUCCCAAUCGGGUCCUAGAUGAUGAGGACAUGAAUAAACUGCAUGCAUUCAACAGGGCAGUCGAAGAGUGGCAACUUGAAUGGGUGCCUCGUUCAAGCGAUUGCCCGUUUCUGGGAACAUAUCCUUCGAAAGCUCUGGAUUUAUACUCUCACUUUGCGCGAUUCCAGCUUAACUCACUAGCCCUUUGCAGCGUUUCCUAUCUCGGAAUAGAUGCUGCCAGCAUGGAUGCGCUCUCCCCCGCACACAUUCAAGCCGCCAAUUGCGCCCUCUCGGCCGCAGCAGAUACCUUGAGGGCUUUCGGGGACGGCCCGGACCGUGGCCGUGUCUUUUGCAAUGUACCCAUAUUCACCUUCACCAUGGUAGCAUUUUGCGCAACGUUUCUUCUGAAGAUCACUGCGACCUGGGGACGAGACGUGACUCGGGGGCUUGCAAAGGAAAAGGGUCUAAAUAUCCCUGAUGUUGAUAAUGUGCGUCUUGUCGAGUCAUUGACUUUGAAACUGAGCAUUUAUGCGACACAGCUCAAUGCCAAGCACCUUGCAGAACACAUUGCGGAUGGCCUGGACGGAAUGUUAGUGAAGUAUCGUGAUUUGCUUGUCAGGACACGCCUCUGCAAUCCACUGUUGACCUCUCACUCGCCCCCUGCCACGAACCAAGAGGUUUCUGGUGAGAAUGCUGUUUGGACAGGCGAGUAUAACCUCCACAACCUCGGCGGGACCUUCGGCUUUGGCCUGGAUGAGACGUUACUGGGUCAGAUGGCGGAGGACAGUUUUGAAAUGUGGUCUCAAUGAGGUUGUAUCAUCUAUUAUGGUACAUAUUUCUCCUCAACUACUACACUUUUGAAAAUGUGAAACCCCCUACC